AUGCCAAACCCCUCACAGGCUGGAGCUGCUAAUGGUGUGCUUCCUGCCCCGUCAACAAUCCUCCAGAAGAAUGCGCCUCAAUCAGCCGCUCGAGGCGGGCCCAAAGGCACUCCUCCGAAGCCAAAGUUGAAGUUCUGCAUACGCAGACUUCCCCCAGGUCUUACAAAGAGUGAGCUAGAGGAGACACUGGGUGACGAAUGGAAGCCUGGCAAUGGUAGAGUUGACUGGGCCAAUUUCAGAAAGGGCCGGACCUCUACAGAUCUUACAAAAACUUCUAAGCCAUCUCGAUAUUUGCUUCAUCUCACGGACUCUGCUUAUGUCGCUAUUCUUCAUGAUAAGGUCAAACAAACGACCUUUAUUGACGCUCGUAACACAGGAAAGGACCCUGUAUUAAUUGCACCGCCUUCACUUGAGCAUGCUCUGUACGCGAGAAUACCUACAGGUCGUCGCGUCAGACACGAUGCUCGCCAAGGACAGAUCGAUCAAGACCCGGAAUACCAGGACUUCCUCAUGAGCUUGACUAACCCUGUCAACAAGCCGAGUGCUUCAGAAGCAUCUGACCUAUCUGCUCAGAAAGGAGAGAAAGUUACUACUACCCCACUCAUCGAACACUUAAGAGAAAAGAAGGCCAAAGAGAAGCCCGGAUCGAAGCUGUCCAAGCACGCACGAGGUGAAUCCAAGGACGAAAAGCCGGACAGAAAGCUUAAGAUUGGUAAAGAUGGUGGCAUUGUAGAAAAGCCUAAAAAGUUGAGCCGCAAAGAAGCGGCUAAAGAAGCCGUCAAAGUCCUCAACAAAGAAGUUGGAAGCGCGUCUGUCGGCGCAAAAUCUCAGGAGAAUAUCCCACCUGCAGGCUCGACCUCGGAAAAAAAACGUGAGCGUGGUAGUACUGCAGCAGCAAAGGCACUGCUCCAGCGUGAUCUUGGCAUAGGUCCAGCGCCAGUCAAGGGACGUCGUGGUGCAAAGAGAGAGACAACCGCCGAAUCAGCAGCCAAGAGCGGAGAACCAACAGUUUCGGUCAAAGAUAGGGAAAUCGCUGGUGUGACUCCAACUCCGGAGAAAGGUGUUGUUUCGGGAGAGUCGUCCCGACCACUGAAGGAGAAAGGUCGUUUCUCUCGCGCUGAAAGAAGAGCGCACAAAGCAGCAAUCGCUGAAAAUAAAGACCGAGUCGAGACACCCGCGGAUGACGCCUCAAAGGUCAAACCCCCUGUAGCACCCACGAUAUUGAGGAAGCCUGCGAAUGUUCCAAAGCCUGUUAGUGCUUCUGCAUUACCCCCAACAGGACCCAAAUUGCCAUCAGCAACCCCGAAAGGACCUGCAGCUUCGCGACAAGCGCCGCCAAUUUCUGUUCCACCGUCAGUUUCGGGGGAUGCUGCUACCACACUAGCUCCGACUGGCAAACAGGGAUUUCUCAAACAUGCCAAUCCGUCUCAAGGAAUUACUGAGCCCCUGAUCGAAGCUGCUUUGUCGGCUUUUGGUGCCGUCGAAAGAGUCGAGAUCGACAAGCGUAAGGGCUUCGCUUAUGUUGAGUUUGUCGAGCCGGAGGGAUUACAGAAGGCGAUCGCUGCUAGUCCCGUCAAGAUUGCUCAGGGAGCCGUUCAGGUCCUCGAGCGAAAAGACCGUCCGGCCAAAAGAAUUGCACCUACUCAGGUGUUGCCGAGCCCCCCUACGGCACCAAGGGGAAACACCGUACGGGGUGGGGCCUUUGCUGGCAGAGGCCGUGGUGGUGGUCGAGGCGGUAUCAUUGGCAGAGGUGGGCGAGGACCCCAGUCUAUCAACCCUCCUCAAGGAGCUCCAACACCGGCGGGCGACAGCCAAGGUCUCCCGUUAGCAGUCCCGAAUGCCACAACGUCUGAAGUUUCCACAUUAGCCACCACAUCUACUUCCAUUACUGCGGCUCCUUGA